AUGCAACGGAUCAUCGUUUCGAACGGCCGGCGUCGCCCAUUCGUUUCGCUAGAGCAAUUGGAAUUCCUCUACCUCAGGGCGCAUCUGACCCGAAGCCGCGACAUUCCCUCGGCGUACACCGGGUUAAGGUUGUUAGACCAUUUGCACCACAUUCGAGCCCCCGCAUCCGCCGUGCUCUACUAUCCGGAUGACCAGCCAUUUGGCGCCUGGCGACUCCUCCAGCCGCUGGUCUCGGACCCGUCUCAGGAUGUUGGCGCUGCCCUCGACAUUUCCUUCCUCCAUGCCCAAUACACGGAGGAGGAACCAUCACCCCCACAGGGGGAACACCGAACCUGGAAGCAGUGGCUGCAACAAAUGUGGCAGAUCCGCUUCGAAAUCCCCCUCACUGGCUACCACGCCCUGAGCCCCGAAUGUCGUCAGAUUGCUCGGCACCAACCAGAGAUGUUUCUGGGCUUCCUAGUGACCUACUGGAAGUCCGAGGCCGGGAAGAUCAGCGGGAAUGAGACGCUGAAGAAGGACUUACUGAAUCUUGAUGUACUGUGCGAGAACGGAUCGAUGUACCCGCUCGGCAAGACCUACAUUCACACCCCUCCGCUCGAAUACGUCGGACGAUUCAUCAAGGCAGGGGGAUUCUUUCUGUGGCUCAAACAUGGAACCUCCUUUGAUGCCUCCCAAACGGCUGUCUUAAAUGAGAUGGCAAAGGCAUUAGGGUUUGGAGACCCGCAAUCCGAGCUGGAGUUUCACCUCACAAUCCUGCGUCAUAUCGGGAAUGCAAACAGAGACUCUAUAAAGCUACAGGAUGUUGAUCGGCUGUACGAUCUGUACGACCAGCUCGGAAAUACCAAAUGCACACAUGGUUUGUUUUGCGACAUACUGGGAAUCCCAAACGUGCAUGUGACAGACUUCCUGAGGGAUCUGCAAAAGCUGCGGUAUGGCCAUUCCGCCGACGCGGACGAGAUCUACAAAGGCCUAUCACAGCUGGUUGGUACCGACCCUCGCAAUGUCUGUGCAUGGAUAAGCACGGUUACCAUCGAGACGCAGGAUGCCCCAGAGAGAUUAGGCGACCAACCGGUCAGGGACAUAACAUCUUUAUCUUUUGAUGAACCACCUGUGAGCUCAGCAGUUGCACAACAGCUCACCAGAUCGAUCACCGUAUCUCCUUUCAUUCUUCACGUCUCACCUCAUCAUGCGUUCACUUCUCGAUCGACUGUUGGCUCACUCCUUGGCUUGUCACACGACAGAGAAUCGACCACUAAGACGAUCUAUGUUAAAUAUCAUGAGCUGCUACAGCGCGUGUUUGUCUCUGCUAGGAGAGCUGCCCUCCCAAGUCGAGGUGCUUUCGACACGACAGCCGUCGCUCAAGCGCUCGAGUUACAACACCCGGACGCCAAUGGGGAAGUCGUUCGUAUUUGUACAUCGGACAAGAUUCAACGGGACAAGAGAAUCGCAGCUGUCGGUGAAUUAUUGGUGUUCGAAGUCCUAUCGCGCUUAAGUUCAAUACUUCCCGGCUUUUCCCGUGACAAUUGGCAGAGCAGCAAUAGGGGAUACGCCAUGUUACAUGAACGGUAUACCGACACACGGCGAGGGAAUGGUCAAGAGGCGGCAACCAUCACGUACACUGACAGCGAAGGGGUUCUGACCUCCAUUUUGAUUGACAACGGCUAUCUCCCUGCAGAUCAAUGGUCGGAUAAGCGGCCAAAAUAUUCCAUCGAUGUCAAGUCAGCCACAUCACCAUGCGAGAUGCCAUUCUACGUGAGAAAGCGCCUGCAUCAAAGGAUGCAGCAGAUGUCCGCGUCUGGCACGAGCGCUGGCAGUGCGGACUUUAUUUAUGUAGUCUUUCGUGUUUUCAAAGUGGGCCACGCCUCAAUGGGAAUGGAUGUUUAUGUAAAUCCUAUCCCCUGAAGGAGAGAGGAAAGUUGAGCGACGCGGCAGAGACCUGGUCCGUCGUUCCACGGCCUGGUCUUGGUGAUGGUGAGGAUAGUAUAUAGCUUAGGAUGUGGCGGAGGACUACUGCGUUAUGUUAUG